AUGGAAAACGUCUUUAUUCUUUUAAAUAUAUUUGAAACAUAUUUUUAGAGGCAUCAGAUACUUAUUGGAACUCGACAGGAUUUCUUGCAUGGCUUUACAAUGAAAGUCCUGUAAAGGAUACAGUUGUUGUCAAUGAUCGAUGGGGUAAUGGAAUUCCAUGUCGACACGGUGGCUUUUACACAUGUUCUGAUCAUUACAAUCCAGGACAUCUUGUUACACAUAAAUGGGAAAAUUGUUUUACUAUUGACAAAGAUUCAUGGGGUUUUCGUCGUACAGCUAAACUUGAUGAUUAUAUUACCAUUCAAGAAUUACUAAAAGAAUUGAUUACUACUGUCAGUACGGGUGGUAAUGUAUUGAUUAACGUUGGUCCAACAUCAUUUGGAAAAAUUGCACCAAUAUUUGAAGAACGUCUUCGACAAAUGGGUUCAUGGUUGAAAGUAAACGGUGAAGCUAUUUAUAGUAGUAUUCCAUGGAAAUAUCAAAAUGAUACAAUUAAUAGCAAUGUUUGGUAUACAUCAUCAAAAGAUAAACAAUAUGUUUAUGCAUGUCUUCUUGUUUGGUCAAAAGAUACAACUGAAAUUAUGCUAGGUGCACCAAUUAGUUCAGGAAGUACACGUGUAACACUUCUUGGUUCAGAUGUUGGUCCAUUAAAAUGGCAUUCAAUUAUUUCAAGUGGUGGUAUCAUUAUUGAUGUGUCUAAUAUUAAAACCUAUUCACUUGCUAGUGAUUGGGCAUGGGUAUUCAAAUUAGAAAAUGUUAGUGGUAGUGAGUUAAUCACUAAGAAGCGAAAAAAAUAUUAUAUUGAUAAUUAA